AAUCUAAGCAUGAAUCCCUCGGGCUUGGCUCGCAUGCGCGUCGUCGGCAAAGCGCUGGCAGGCCUGGACCCCAAGACGCACAAUGCGAUGGUGGCGGCGCUGUCGAAGCGCGCCGCGCCCUACGAGCGCUGGGGCCCGAACCUGAGUCCGUAUCCCGACGUCGUGCGCGCGCGCAUCGACGCGCUCCAGACCGGGGACCUGGUCCUAUGUUCGAGCGGCGCGGGCAAGUGGGUGGGCAACGCUAUUCAAGUACUCACCGAUAGCACGUGGAACCACGUGGCCAUGGUCGUCCGCGGCCACAUGACCUUCGACGAGGAAAUUGAUCAAGCGCCCCACGGCGAUGACAUCGCGCGCCAUUCCGACGUCAAGAGGUUCGCCAAGCAUAGAAACAGGUCGCCGUACCACUUCCACGUCGAAGUAGACGAGGGCACGUGCGGCACGCCGCACUUGCUGGAGGCGUCGGGCGAAGGGGUGCAUAUUUAUCCGAACAUCCACGACCGGCUGCUCUCAUCGCAGGCGUACGAGGAGUACACGACGGUGGCGGUACGCGCGCUGACCGGAAUUGACGAGUGGAAGACACCGGAGCACGCGACGCGACUCGAAGAGUGGAUCGCAAAAGUACGCGGUACGGAGUUCGAGCAGGAGGCGCCAUUGCAUGCGCUGUUUACGGCUGACGCGGGCGACCUCGACUCGAUGCACUGCGCCGAGAUGACGACGGCCACGUUACAGCACAUGGGGCUACUAUCUUCGAGGUUAGUAGCAGGCACGGCGCCGCCGUGCGCCUAUGCAGACGCGCCCCACGGCAGCGUUCGCUUAAAAGAGGGCCAGCUCGGCCCUCUCGAGAUCCUCAAAGCUGCGGAACCGCCGCUGGAAGAAGCGAUCGCGAAGUACGCGUGA